AUGGAACACCCGGUAGUUGACCUUCUGAAGUCGCUCAUGUCGAUUGUGAGCACUAGUGAACUUGAGCAGAGCAUCGGCGUCUUCUUGGAACAACAUCUUCAAACUCUCGGAUAUACUGUUGAACGUAUCCCGAUUGCCCCCGGGUCCACUCGGCACAAUGUCUACGCCUAUCUCGGCGCUUCUCGCAAGACACGCGUGCUCCUGACUGCGCACAUGGAUACCGUGCCGCCUCAUAUUCCGUUGACCAUUGACGGCGACAUCAUCCGCGGAAGGGGGUCUUCGGACGAUCUCGGGCCCCUUGCAGCUCAGAUUAUUGCCGCAGAAGAGUUGAGGAAGGAAGGGAAAUUUCAAGCUGAAGGCGACAUUGGACUGCUGUUCGUGGUUGGCGAAGAGAACGGCGGGCAUGGGAUGAUUGCAGCCAACGAUAUGGGGGUCACCUGGGAGUCUGGCAUUUUCGCCGAACCGACAGAAAGCAAGCUUGCGAAGGGUCAUAAGGGGCAAGUGGCGUUUGAAGUCAUUGCCAACGGAGUCGCCUGCCACUCCGGAUAUCCUCAUCUCGGAAGAAGCGCGACAUCAGCUCUGCUUGCUGUUCUCAACGACCUCUCCGCCGCUGAAUGGCCAGUGUCUGACCUUCUCGGUCCUUCCACGUUCAACAUCGGAACCCUCGAGGGCGGAGAAAAGCACAACAUUGUCGCCCCGUCCGCUAAGGCACUCUGUGAGGUUCGCAUGGUUUCUGACUUGCCUGGUAUCAAAUCCAAGGUUGCGGAAAUAGUCUCUCGGCAUCCUAACGUGGAGCUGAAGUUUGUUUUUGAAUACCCUGAGGCUCUUUUGGACUGGGAGAUUGAUGGGUUCGAUGCCGCGCCGGUGGCUUUUGGAACUGAUGUUCCAAGACUUAGAGACGAGUUCUGUGGCAACCGGGUGUUGUAUGGGCCAGGAUCGAUUCUCGUCGCACAUGGACCUGAUGAGUAUAUCCGGGUUCCUGAGUUGAUUGAGAGUAUUUCUGGCUACAAGAAGCUGGUUCUGCACUUCCUCCGUUGA